CUUCUCUCUCUGUAGCGCAAACUUCCCUGCUCAAGCCACACCCACCACUAUCAUCCCCGCCCCUCAUUCUGGAUUUAGUUUACUAAUACUGGAGGGUUUCUCGGUACAGUGUGUAGUGAGGGCUGAGGCGGCGGUGGAACAUCAUGUGGGGCAGGAGAGGACUCAUUGCUGUGGGCACACUCCUUACAGGUAUGAAGUCCCUUUGCAAAACCUUUCUUAUUCUAUCCGCUUCUGUCCGUGUAGCUUUAUAAUGAUUGUCUGUAUUUUAUGUUAUGUUCAUUCAUUGCCAGUCUCUCUUGAGCCCCCAAACAUUCGGCGAGUUGUAAGGUAGGGGAAUAUUGCCAGGCACUUUAUUUCAUUACUAUGUAGCGCACACUCCUAGGCUUCUCUUUCUCUCUCUCUCUCUCUGGAGCGCACACUCCUAGGUUUCUCGCUCUGGAGCGCACACUCCUAGGCUUCUCUCCCUGGGGCGCACGCACCUGAGUGUGCGGUCGCUGGAGCGCACACGCCUAGGCUUCUCUCUCUAGGGCGCACACACCUGAGUGUGCGCUCUCUGGAGCGCACACUCCUAGGCUUCUCUCCCUGGGGCGCACACACCUGAGCGCACACGCCUAGGCUUCUCUCUCUGGGGCGCACACACCUGAGUGUGCGCUCUCUGGAGCGCACACUCCUAGGCUUCUCUCCCUGGGGCGCACACGCCUGAGCGCACACACCUGAGCGCACACACCUGAGCGCACACGCCUAGGCUUCUCUCUCUGGAGCGCACACUCCUAGGCUUCUCUCUCUGGAGCGCACACACCUAGGAUUCUCUCUCUCUCGGAAGUGCACACUCCUAGGCUUCUCUUUCUCUCUGGAGCGCACAGUCCUAGGCUUCUCUCUCUCUCUGGAGCGCACAGUCCUAGGCUUCUCCCUCUCUCGCUCUGUAGCGCACACUCCUAGGCUUCUCUCUCUUUCUGUAGCGCACAGUCCUAGGCUUCUCUCUCUGUAGCGCAAACUUCCCUGCUCAAGCCACACCCACCACUAUCAUCCCCGCCCCUCAUUAUGGAUUUAGUUUACUUAUACUGGAGGGUUUCUCAGUACAGUGUGUAGUGAGGGCUGAGGCGGCGGUGGAACAUCAUGCGGGGCAGGAGAGGAAUCAUUGCUGUGGGCACACUCCUUACAGGUAUGAAGUCCCGUUGCAAAACCUUUCUCAUUCUAUCCGCUUCUGUCCGUGUAGCUUUAUAAAGAUUGUCUGUAUUUUAUGUUAUGUUCAUUCAUUGCCAGUCUCUCUUUAGCCUCCAAACUUUCGGCGAGUUGUAAGGGAGGGGGAUAUUGUCCGGCACUUUAUUUCAUUACUAUGUAGCGCACACUCCUAGGCUUCUCUCUCUGUAGCGCAAACUUCCCUGCUCAAGCCACACCCACCACUAUCAUCCCCGCCCCUCAUUCUGGAUUUAGUUUACUAAUACUGGAGGGUUUCUCGGUACAGUGUGUAGUGAGGGCUGAGGCGGCGGUGGAACAUCAUGUGGGGCAGGAGAGGACUCAUUGCUGUGGGCACACUCCUUACAGUAAUGCAGGCAUGCUGUGAUGCAUUUGAUUCAUCUGCCUGUUCUGAUUGGUAUAAUAUCACAGUAGCAGUGGGGGGCAGUGCCGUGCUAUGGCAACAAGUACCUCCAUCUACACUGAACAUUUAUGGUGCUCAAUCUCAGGGUUUGCUGUUUGAGUUUGAUAACAGAAGUGUUAGAAAAAAAUGCCCUAAAUGCAUCUAUGAGAACCAGACUGCAACAUUACAGGACAUCCAACUCCACAAUGCUGGGAUCUACUAUGCAAAAAAUGACUCCGACCAUAUUACUUGCAUAAACCUCAACGUUAUCAAAAUAGGUCAGACUAUUGAUUCUACUGAUAUGUCUCCAACCCAAUCAACCAUUCUAACUACACCUCAAGAUUCUUCUCCAAACCAGCUUCCAGUUAUUUCUACAAGAUCUCAUGUUUUUAUUGCUGCAUCGUUAUUUCCACUUGGAAUCCUAGUCUGUUGUGUCUUAGUACUUUUAAGAGUUGGGAGCCGUGACAAACAUACAAAGAAACCAUGUGCAUCCACUGUAUGAUGAGGGGAUUAUAUCGCCAGGAUUGUUGGACUUAAAGACUUUUUUUUUUAAUUCACCUCCCAAAGACUGGGCAACAUUCAUCAAGAUCUGUCCUGAACAUACUGACCUGUAGUGGCACAUGAUCUUAGACAUAUCCUGGGAACAUCCAUGGGAAGAAGUUUGGAUUUAAUGCUGCAAUGUGAUUGGUAGAUCUUGCCAGAAGACCAGAGGCAUUCCUUGAAAAUUAGAAGAAAAAAAAUCAGACAGCUGUGAAGUAAAUUAUUGUAAAUAAUGGAUCACACUUGCAGUGCUCUGUAAAAUAAAAUGGUGUGUGUAUAUAUUAAACAUUACAAUGUGUGUGUGCAUGUUCUGUACCUUAGGAUCUACUAGAAGCUAUGCAGGAUUUUCUUUGGGGAAAAAAAAUCUGCAUUCAAAUUUGCAUUAAGCUGUACAUGUUUGGCAAUACAGGUAUAGCUGUUAUCCAGAAAGCUCCAAAUUACAGAAGGGCUGCCUACCAUAGACUCCAUUUUAUCUAAAUAAUGCAUAUUUUGUUAAAAAUAACUAGCUUGUACUUGAUCCCAACUAAGAUCUAGUUAAUCCUUAUUGGAAGCAAAACCAGCCUAUUGGGUUUAUUUCACGUUUACAUGUUUUUCUAGUAGUAAGAAAAUCCAUAUUAUGGAAAGAGCCAUUAAACUGAACCCCAUCUCAAGUAUUCUGGAUAACAGGACUGUAUCUGCAUUGUAUUGGUUAUUUUGAUGGCAUUUUUUAAGAAUACAACGAAAAAAAAAAAAAGAGAAAUAAAA